GAGGAGGAGACGAUGAAUUUCAAUCUUAGUACCACGAACUCGUCACGGAUCUCAAGCUCUCUUCGGUGGCUUCAUCGUUUUUCUGCUGCUUCUCCGCCGUCAUGGAUGCGUGCUUCUGCUCCGAUGUCUCUUCCCUUCCUUAAUCUUCAGUUUCUCAGCAUAACAGCCUUGACCUCUACUUGCUCUCUCUCACUAAGAUUGAUAUUCUUUAUGCAGUACUGCGAUGAUAUAUUUGAGCCGAAGCUGGAAGAGCUCAUUAAUCAGUUGAGAUAA